AUGACAAAUUUUAUAGUUGAAAGAGGUCCAAAAAGAGUCAUUAAGGAUGAGUUUACUAGGGAUGCUUUCGCUGAGGGAGGUUUUAAUGACUGGCAUAAUAUUUCUGAUCGAUUAAAAAGUCAUGAACAAAGUACACAACAUAUUGAGUCAAUUGCUAGUUGGGUGGAAUUAGAAAAACGACUGAAAAUGAAGUUAACAAUUGAUGCAAGUUUAGAAGAACAAAUUAAUCAAGAGAAAAAACAUUGGAAACAAGUGUUAGAGAGAAUUCUGGCUAUUGUAAAAAGAUUUGGGCAAAAUAAUUUGGCAUUUCGAGGAGAUCGUGAAAAACUAUAUGAGAAAAACAAUGGGAAUUUCUUACAAAUUAUAGAAUUACUUGCUGAAUUUGAUUCAACUAUGCAAGAACAUGUUCGUCGUAUUUUAAGAGGUGAGACUCAUUAUCAUUAUUUGAGUCACAAGAUUCAAAAUGAAAUGAUACAACUUCUAGCAGCUGAGGUGAAAAGCUCGAUAAUUAGUAGAAUUAAAGAAGCAAAAUAUUUUUCAGUCAUACUAGAUUGUACUCCAGAUGCAAGUAAUGAUGAACAGAUGUCUCUUGUUUUAAGAUGUGUGAAUGUUUCAGAAAGUCCAAUAUUUGUUGAUGAGUAUUUUCUAGGAUUCAUAAAAGUUCAUGACACAUCAGGGCUUGGUUUGCUUAAUGAACUUUUAGAUGCGUUGAAUAUUCUUGGACUUGAUGUUGAUAAUAUAAGAGGACAAGGAUAUGACAAUGGAUCUAAUAUGAGAGCAAAGAAUAAAGGUGUACAAACUAGGCUACUUGAAAUGAAUCCUAGAGCAUUUUACACUCCUUGUGCCUGUCAUUCUCUAAAUCUUUUACUUUCUGAUAUGGCUCAUUGUUGUCCCAAGGUUGUAUCUUUUUUUGGUGUGGUACAACGAAUAUACUCAUUAUUUUCAGCUUCUACAAAAAGAUGGAAAGUAUUUACAGAUCAUGUACCUGGUCUCACUGUUAAGCCAUUAUCAGAAACGCGUUGGGAAAGUCGUGUUGACAGUGUUAAAGCAAUAAGAUUCCAAGCUCCACAAAUAAAAGAAGCUUUAGAUUACUUGGCAGAGAGUAAUGAAGAUGCCAAAACAAGAAGUGGUGCUGAGACUUUAGCAACAUAUAAUAUUCAUAAUUUUGAGUUCUUGGUGAGCAUGGUUAUUUGGUAUGAUUUGUUGUUUGCUGUUAAUAUUGCUAGAAAGAUCCUACAAAAUGAAGAUAUGCAAAUUGAUGUUGCUAUCAAAGAGUUAAAGAUUCUACUUUCAUUUCUUCAAAAGUAUAGAGAAACUGGUUUUGAGAAUGCUUUGACUAAAGCUACUGAGAUUGCAAGUAUGAUGGAAGUUGAACCUGUGUUUAUUGAAAAACGAAAAGUUUACAGGAAAAAGCAAUUUGAUGAAAGUGUCAAUGAGGGGGUGACACAAUUAGCAGCAGAGUCAUUUAAAAUUGACUAUUUUCUUUGCAUAAUCGAUCAAGCUAUUUCAUCAUUUAAAACCAGGUUCGAACAAUUUCAGAAUUUUGAGGAGAAUUUUGGACUAUUGUUUGAUUUUGAGAAAUUAAAGUCUGCAGAUGAUGACACUUUGAGGAAUUUUUGUAUCAAUCUUACAAACUUAAUGAAGCAUGGUGAGAUUUCAGACCUUGACAAUGAUGACCUAUACCAAGAGUUAUAUAUGUUGCGUCAAAGUCUACCAAAAGAAACCAAAAGAGCUAUCGAUGUGUUGAGCUAUAUAAAAGAAGUGGAUGGUAGUUAUCCAAAUGCUUGGAUUGCUUAUAGGAUUUUUCUAACUAUUCCGGUCACCGUUGCCCAUGCAGAACAGAGUUUUUCCAAAUUGACAUUGAUCAAAUCUUAUCUCCGUUCAACCAUGUCUCAAGAAAGAUUAAGCGGUUUAGCUAUGUUAUCCAUUGAAAAUGAUUUAGUUGCAAAACUUGAUUAUGCAAAUUUAAUUAAUACUUUUGCAUCUAAAAAUGCAAGACGCAUAAUAUUUAAGUAA